CGCAGUCACUGUUCUUAGAAGGCGGCAUCGGGUGGAGAACUGCUGUUAGUUUGCGCUGUGUUUAUUGUUAAGGUUGUGUGGAUUAGCACUGCGGUACCCAGUUCCUUUUUAAAAUAUCAACAAUAUAGUUUACGAGUUAAGAUGCUGGACCUGUCCUGAGCUUUUCUACUUGGGAUGACAGCUGCUUUUACCAGUGGCUGACAGGGAAUGAAUUUAUGAAAGGCCCAUAAGAAAACAUGAAUGAAUGAAGGAAAGGUAACAGAAAAACCAUGAUACUGCACCAAAACUGAUCCACGCUUACUGCCAAGGAACCCCCUCAUCUGCUGCCAGCUUGCUCUGGUAAUGGCUAACUCAGUGGCCUUAGUGGUCCAAGCAGAACUCUUACCGCCCCAGUCCACCGCCUCGCUCUCUCAUUUCCCAUCCCUACUUGGUCCGGGAGAGGAUGGUGAGGACGAUGGAGACAGAGGAGAGCUGGUGGAGGGAGACAAGGGAGUAGUACAGGGUGGGGAAGAGGUGGUUCUGGACAUGGUGACGUCUUCUGUGUCGGGCCCAUCCCAGCAGGCUGAGCAGUCUGAACAUCCCUUCCAGUGUAUGGACUGUGGGAAGAGUUUCAGGUGGUCGUCCAGGCUUACCCAUCACCAGCGGAGCCACAACAAUGAGAGACCGUACCGCUGCAACCUCUGCCCCAAGGCCUUCAAGGGCUCCUCUGCUCUGCUCUACCACCAACGGUCUCACUCCGGGGAGAAGCCUUACAAAUGUCAGGAGUGUGGAAAAGCCUUCAAACGCUCCUCUCUGCUCCAGGUCCACCAGAGUGUCCACACUGGAGUGCGUACCUUCGUGUGCCCCUAUUGCCCUUUGACCUUUAAAUGGAGCUCUCAUUACCAGUAUCACCUGCGCCAGCAUACCGGAGAGUGUCCAUACCCCUGUGACACUUGCCCCAAGGCCUUCAAGAAUUCAAGCAGUCUGCGACGACAUAAAAAUGUUCACCUUGGUCUCAAGCCUUAUACCUGCACAGUGUGCAACAAAUCCUUCACUCAGUCUACCAACCUGAGGCAGCACAUGAGAAUACAUACAGGUGAGAGGCCCUACAUCUGUGGUGAGUGUGGACGAAGCUUCACACAUUCAUCAAACCUGGCCCUGCACAAGAACUCGCACCUCAAUGCAGUAGGGAGGGAGGCAAAGAGGGGAGACAAUGCAAGGAAGGGACAUGAGGUGGUGGUGGUUGGGACAGAGGAAGUGACAUCGUCCAUGUUGACUGACAUGGUGGGAUUUGUGAGCCAGGAUGGAACUGAUGGAGUGGGGUUGGGUAUGGAAGAAGUGUUCCUGUCAACCACCUCAUCCGGGCAGAAUCCUAAUCUUCUCCCCCAGCUCACCCUCACUUCCUCUAGGGAAGGUGUGUGUGCAUCUAGGGCCAUCGGGACAGAGGUUCACCUGAGCACAGACACCGGGGCCAGUGUGCUGCUGUACAGCUGUGGCAGCUGCAGCCACACCUUUGGCACACGAACAGAUCUAGAGGAGCACCAGUCCAUCCACAUGGCUCCAGAUGGACAUGGGGCCGGUGGAGAGGUGGGGUCUGGAGCAGGGAUGGAGGUGGCGAAUGGGCUUGUGGGAGCUGGACAACUGCUGGCUGAUUUUGAGGAGGUGGUGGAGACUACCACAGUGGCUGAAAAUGGACAUACAACAGAGGUGCUUCUUGGACUGACGGAGGGGGCAGAUGGCAGCAAUACAAAUGUGGGCACCACCCAGGCCCAGUUUGACCUGCUGCAGAGCUUCACCGAGGUGACUCAGAGCUCUGAGAUCGUUCAGCCAGUGGCCAGAACCACAUGGGCAGGGCUGUCAUGUGGCUACUGCAAUAAGACCUUUAAGACCAGUGGAGGCCUCAAUAGACAUGUAUCACUGAUGCACUCUCUGUCAUCGCAGUCCCGCUCCCAGUUCAGCUGCUCCGCCUGUGACCGCUCCUUUCCCCUUCUCUCCUCCCUGCUCACCCACCAACACUCCCACACACCUGAGCAACGUCUCCUGGCUGAGGCAGAGGCUGAGAUAGUGUGCCCUCCUUCCCUUUCACUGUCUCUCCCCCUUCCCUCUUCCCCCAGCCAGGCUGACAAGCAGCAGGAAGGUCAGAGGGAGAUCCAUGUCAAAAUCAUUACCGUCAGUGAGGAGCAAGAAGAACAACCGGCCAAACCGACCAAAGCCCCCAAAAAGACGGGAGCCAGCAAGAGCACUCCUGCUGGAGAGAGGCCUUACCGCUGUUCAGAGUGCGGAAAAGCCUUCAAAGGUUCUUCAGGACUAAAGUAUCACAUGAGGGAUCACACUGGGGAAAGGCCCUACCGAUGCACAGAGUGUGGAAAGAGCUUCAAGAGGUCAUCUCUGCUUUCAAUUCAUCAGAGGGUGCACACGGGUGUUCGGGCAUUCCAGUGCCCUCACUGUCCUCUCACUUUCAAAUGGAGCUCUCACUACCAGUACCACUUGCGGCAGCACACAGGCGAGAGGCCAUAUGUGUGUAAGGAGUGUGGCAAGUCCUUCAAGAACACCAGCUGCCUGCGUAGACACAGUCAGAUGCACUCUGGACUGCGACCUCAUACCUGCUCCAUCUGCUCAAAGUCUUUCUCCCAAACGUCAAACCUCAAACAGCACGAACGCACCCAUUCUGGUGAGAGGCCCUUUCAGUGCACACACUGCAAUAAAAGCUUUACACACUCCUCCAACCUCCAGCUCCACCUUCGGACACACUCCUCAAGCAAGGACUUCAAAUGCCCGUACUGCUCAAAGGAGUUUGUCAUGCACUCCUAUUUGCAGAGGCACAUCCGCACCCAUGGCAGUGGAAUUGCCCUGCCCUGCCCUGGUGGCGGAAGUAGAGAUGGAGUGGCUGUGAAAGCCAGUGUUGGAGGAGUAACAACCACUACGACUCUGCUCAACCCCAUCACUCUGGAAACCUCAGGAAACCAUGGCAGCCUGAUUGUGUCCCAGCCAGCUCUUAAUAUCCCCCCCAACACCUCUCAGAACUACUUUAUGAUUCAGACAGCCAGCGGCCUGCAGCUCAUUCCUCUGUCAUCCCAUCAACCAGCCCCUCCCCCUCCUCCUCCACCGCCACCACCAACUCCAUCCCAGCCCCAAAACUUCUUCCUUCUUCAGUGCCCCUCCAACAACGGCAGCCAGUCCAGCUUGAUUCUCGUCCCAACGGCAAACAAUCCUCAUCCGGCUCCGGAGUCUCAGGCUCUCCCUGUGCUUCAGACUAUCCAAGCUCUCCAGCCCGUCCUAAACCAAACACGGACUCGGAUUUCCCACUUUCCGACCACAUCACAGCAACAACAGCAGACUAGGUUCAUAAUCACCAACAAUAUCAACGAUACAAACACUCCUGCUGCCACGCCAACACACACUUUCUCAGCCAACUCCCUACUGACCAAGCCCAUAUUAGGGAAAAGCACACGCACUGCUCGGGGCAGACGGGGACGCAAACCAAAAGCUACUCUUCAGAAAUCUGCAGCAGCUCCUGUCAGUCAGACUGCAGGUGGAGCUCUGUCUCUGUCAAACUGUAACGUGACCAACGUCUCACAGACUCUUACUGCAGCUACAGAGUCCUUAAUAUCACCUGCAUCCACAGUGUCUCACUGUCCCCUGUCGACAUCUUGCACUAAUGUCCCAACUCUUUCAUCUUCUACCACUGUAGCCCCCACAGUGGACACCUCAGAACCCCCAACAACUGUUCCCAUGGUUACAUCAGGCACCACAAUAGCCACAGCAUCAGUUUCUACUCAUACCACAGUGGGGCAAGUAAAGACAGGGGAUGCCAUGGCAGGGAAACAGUUUGUGUUAUGUUUUGAUAAUGAAGAACGGGCAAAGGAGGGGAUGAAUAUGGAGGAAGGUGGGCAUUCCUAUGUGUUACAGUUUGAAGGGGAUGCAUCAGGAGAGACAGUGGAUGGAGGACUAGGUAGAGAGGGAAAAUCACUUGUGUUGCAGUUCAAGACAGAUGGGCAAGGUGAAGGAGAAAAUGCGGGAGACAAGGGAGAGAUGAUGUCACUUCUGCAUGAAUGGGGUGGAGAAAAACAGGGGGAGAGACAUACAGGAGAGGAAGGCGGCCAGGGAGAGUCUUAUGUCCUCCAUUUUCACACUGAGGCACAGGACAGUGGUCCAUCCAGUGCUACCUUCAGCCAAGGGCAAGAAACCAGCUUGCAUCUUUCCUGCACACCUACCCAAAGUUUAGUGCCACUUGAUGGACAGGAGGUUGUGUUUGAACUUGGGAGUGAGACCAAGAUAGAGCAGGAAACGGAGGAGGGCAUGCAGAUGAUAGCCCUGAUAGAAGGUCAAGGGGGAAUGAUGGGAGAAGAAGGGGUGGGUUGCAAUGCCGAAAGUGGGAGGGUGGACCAGGAUGGAGGAACUAUGGAAGGCAUAUUUCAGCUGGGAAAUGGAGAGGAAAUUGUCAUAAUUGAGGUCAGCACCAGUAGCUUAAGAGAAGGACGAAUGGAGGGAGGAGGGGAUGGAGAGAUCUCACAAAGUAGUGAGGUGAAAUAUGAGAGUGUAACAGCUGAGGCAAAUGAAAAGUCUGGAAAGGAACACUGCUCUGCAGCCAAUGCAGAGGUACCGACAUCAUCUGAGGACACAAUAAGUAAUGGACCUAUACUUAACUCUAAAGAGAUGCAGUUCUCUAACUGAAAGUGUGAGUGUGAGUGUGACUGUGCGUGCAUGUGCGCGCAUGCUUUAGUUUGCAUUCUCCUGGAGCCGAGGGAGAACCUGCAGGUAGAUGAGUACUGGGUUGUUAUCCCAUGGUGCCACACACUAGAAAUGUUAUACAUUCAAAUAGGCUGUACAUGGACCUUGGAAUAUUCCUGAUUAUAUUAGUUUAAAUGAUACUGUCAUUUGCAGUUUGUUUAAGUAAUUAUGAAUUAUUGUGAAUAAAUGUUGUACAUGGUGCACUUUCUUCACAAUGUUAAUAGUAAAUUGUUCAUUAUUAAUAAAUCUGUCAAUAUCUUUUA